UUUAAAAUGGCACUCGUCGAAAGUUUAAGCGCGCAGCUGCUAAAAUCGAUUUUAUGAAACAAUUCCACUGUAGACUCGAGCAAAAUGCCCGAUAUUAUUAUAGAAAGUGUCCUUAAAGGAAAAUUAGACUGUGAACUGUUAUUUAAGUGGUUGAACAACGAAGAGAUCGAGGAUCCGCCCGAGGAUUGUAUACUGUUCUGUUGUAAUAGAAACGAGUUCGUGGCGUACUUUUUGUCGUAUUUGAGAACACAGACGGAAAGCGUCCUACAAACGAACAGCAAUGCGCCGCCUCCUCUCCACCAAACACCGGAAAAGGUCCUCAACCCGCGCCGGAAACACCGCCGUUCCAUCAGCGACCCGACCAGCGAUGAUAGAAAAGACACCUUAUCCGUCAAAUCGACGUCCCUUCGCAGUCAGGAAUCCCCUAGCAAAGAUCGAAAGCGAACUGGACGACGGGUUAAGACAAAACUGUUUGAUGAUUCUACGAUAUCCUCAGAUGAAUCCAGAAUUAGCACUGGCAUGGAAAAAGUCUUCGUAUCUAGUACCCCAAUGAAGAGCAAUUCUAGAUCAGAACUGCCUGUGACCAGCCCAGUCACUCCGUUAAGGAGUUUCAUGCAUGAAAGAUGUGAUACUCCCAGAUUGAGUCACAGACACAGAUCGCAUGAAAAAAGCUGCUUAGGCGACUAUUUAGUCGGAGAUUUUGCUCAAAAGAGUUCCAAAAAGAAGAAAGGUAGGAACGCUUCUGAUAGCUCAGAACCUGUGGAGUUGGAUCUGAGUAAUUCUGAUGCCUUUCCCGAGAUUGGAGCGAGAAAAGCUAGUUCUUUGAGGUCUGAUAAACGAAGGAUUAAACCGACAAACAUUGAUAAGAGCACUUCAAAGAAGAGUGUGUCUUUAAACAGUUUUAAUUCAGACUAUUUUCAACAGUCAAGCGUCUCUUUGCUUGAAGAUAACGCUGUAUUUAAGCAACAAAGCAUCCAAUCAAAAGAAGCGAGUGGAUUCGACGCGGAAAGAAGCAUGUUGAAGCAAGAACGUCACAAGUUGAUGGAGAAAUUCAAUAUUCUGAACACUACAGCUUCACCCAAACCUGUUGCACCUAAAAUAAAGGUUACACAAAAGGAAUCGUUUGAACAAGCAAAAACUUACAUCAAAUCGGACUCGACAAAAAUCGUUUUCAAAGAAAAACUUGAUCUCUUAUGUGAUAUAUACGAUAUAUUAAUGAACAACAAUCUUAUUUUAAGCGUAAGCACAGAAAUAUACUUCUUAAUAUCGAUUUUGCUGUCAAAACAGUGCGAGGAAGAGUACAAGACAGUCGAAAGCAAUUUGAAAGACAAUAAUUUUGAAUAUUUAAUGAAAUCUAUACACAAUAGCACGUAUUUUGCUGUGAAAUGCUUGUGGAAUAUGCGCACAAUAUUAGAAGUGGUUCUGGAUAGGAAUUCUUUAAAAAUACUUGGUGAAAAUAAGAAAGUUCGAGCUUUUUAUCCGGACUUAGCGAAGUUUUUGCUAAAUUCUUACGGAUUGAAGUGUGAGUUGGAAGGAGGACAGCAAGAGAAGAAAAGUGUAGAGAGAAUAUCCAACGGUGUGAUAUGCUUCAACCAUGAGACGGACAACGUUGAUAACUUUCCAUCGGUGAUGAGUUUUCAGAACUUCAAAAAGCAGAGGGACAUGUUUUACGAGAUUGUGAGAUGGUACCAAGAGACCACAGCGUCAGGCGGGUCGCUAUCGUCUUUCCGAGCUCGAAUCAAGACCUUGCUAUCGUGUGGACAGGCGUCCGCGAACUAUGCACAUCUCGCGGCUUUGUUCACUCAACACAUGUUGGCUGAAUGUCUACCUGCUAACACCCAGGAAUCCAAACUCAGCAAGCUCCAACGCCGUCUCACCUGCCCCACCAACGCAGAAAGCCACCGACUACCCGCGUUCUCAACCAAAGAGACGUUCUACGCUUCAUUCGUGCGCUCAGCGGACGGAUUCUUCCGAGUACACCUGCAGGACGCAGUGGCUAACACUCUGGUGUCGUUGGACGCGGCGCCCGGUUUGACUUCGCACCCAGACGUGUCCAAAGACUACCACUCGCUGGCCAAGAAGCUGUGUCUGCUCGGCAAGUUCUCGGGCUUUGUCGCAGCACUACCAUACAGCCUGGCGCCCGAGACAGCUCGGCCUGCGCCCCACCAGCCGCCGAGGGGCCGCGCCGCUGAAAGCGAGGUGGCUCAGAGGAACCAUUCCAAAGACUACCACUCGCUGGCCAAGAAGCUGUGUCUGCUCGGCAAGUUCUCGGGCUUCGUCGCGGCUCUACCAUACAACCUGGCGCCCGAGACAGCUCGGCCUGCGCCCCACCAGCCGCCGAGGGGCCGCGCCGCCGAGAGCGAGGUGGCGAGGAGGAACCACUCCAAAGACUACCACUCCCACUCGCUGGCCAAGAAGCUGUGUCUGCUCGGCAAGUUCUCGGGGUUUAUAGCAGCGCUCCCGUACAGCCUCGCGCCCGAGACAGCUCGGCCUGCGCCCCACCAGCCGCCGAGGGGCCGCGCCGCCGACAGCGAGGUGGCUCAGAGGAACCACUCCAAAGACUACCACUCGCUGGCCAAGAAGCUGUGUCUGCUCGGCAAGUUCUCGGGCUUCGUCGCGGCUCUACCAUACAACCUGGCGCCCGAGACAGCUCGGCCUGCGCCCCACCAGCCGCCGAGGGGCCGCGCCGCUGAGAGCGAGAUGGCUCAGAGGAACCAUUCCAAAGACUACCACACGCUGGCCAAGAAGCUGUGUCUGCUCGGCAAGUUCUCGGGCUUCGUCGCGGCUCUACCAUACAACCUGGCGCCCGAGACAGCUCGGCCUGCGCCCCACCAGCCGCCGAGGGGCCGCGCCGCCGAGAGCGAGGUGGCGAGGAGGAACCACUCCAAAGACUACCACUCGCUGGCCAAGAAGCUGUGUCUGCUCGGCAAGUUCUCGGGCUUCGUCGCGGCUCUACCAUACAACCUGGCGCCCGAGACAGCUCGGCCUGCGCCCCACCAGCCGCCGAGGGGCCGCGCCGCCGAAAGCGAGGUGGCUCAGAGGAACCAUAGCCAACCAACACUUGACCUCAAAGGCAUGCUGACAUCAGCCUACCAGACCUCCCGUCUCAUCAUAACCGUCCCAUGGGUAGUCCACUACCUAUCCAUGUUGGACUACGCUUCACUCCGCAUAACAUACUACCAAGAACUCCUCAAAAUCCUCCGUCACAUCUAUAUUAACCGCUUAAAAACCAGUGAAACGUUCCUAAAGAAGAACACAGUGAUUUUUCUAAAGUGCACGCUUGGGUGGUUGUUCGAUUUGCCACAAUUCCCUCAAGAUAUCACCUGUGAUAAUAACCCAGUGAUCAGUGAAGUGAAUAUCGACUGCAGUGAAGUGAUAGAUGAAGUGAUUCUGUUCGACCUGUGCCCGUAUUUGAGGGAUGUUAACGUGCUGUUAUCUACGUGCAAAGUGAGCCAUGAUCAGAAAGAUGUGGGGACGUUCAGGCAUAUCACUCCGGUUAGUCUGACGUUGAACCCGGAGGAUCGGUUGAGAAAUAAGGAAAGGGAGUUGCAGUCGCGUCUCGAAGAAGAAAUGCUCAAAAGCCAGCCGUCCUCAACCCGGCGCGUAUUAGAGCUGGUCACGGAGCGAGUGGCCGCGGCCACUGUGCGCGAGCUGGCUCGGCCACUGGCCACCGCGAGAGAGCAGGUGGCCGCCCGGGCCGCCAGGACGGUGCGGGAGAGAGGGGGUAUGACGCAGGUGGGUAAUAAGCUAGCCACUAAUAGACACUAGACACCCGCCUCUAGACACUAGACACCCGCCUCUAGACACUAGACACCCGCCUCUAGACACUAGACACCCGCCUCUAGACACUAGACACUCGGCGCGUACUGGAGCUGGUCACGGAGCGAGUGGCCGCGGCCACUGUGCGCGAGCUGGCUCGGCCACUGGCCACCGCGAGAGAGCAGGUGGCCGCCCGGGCCGCCAGGACGGUGCGGGAGAGAGGGGGUAUGACGCAGGUGGGUAAUAAGCUAGCCACUAAUAGACACUAGACACCCGCCUCUAGACACUAGACACCCGCCUCUAGACACUAGACACCCGCC